CAAUUUUUUCAUAAAACUGUUAUUUAAUAAUUGUCCCCAAUAUGUCUACUGAAACUGAAACAGUACCUGAAAAUGGCGCAGACCAGCUGGGAAAACGAUUGAUUCGGCAGAUCGAGUUUUAUUUCGGGGAUUUUAAUCUGCACAGAGACAAGUUCAUGCAAGAAGAAAUGAAGAAAAAUGACGGCUGGUUUACUAUGGACACAAUGCUGAAGUUUAAAAGGUUAUCAAGUAUGUGCUCUGAGCCUGGCACCAUCUUGGCAGCUCUAAAGCAAUCUAAGUCUGGUUUAAUGGAGAUUGAUAUAGAGAACCAGAGCAUCAGAAGAAAACCAAGCCGAGCUGUGCCAGAAAACGACGCCAAAUACAAGCGGGAUUUAAAGAUGAGAACAGUUUAUGCAAAGGGGUUUCCUCCAACUGAAUCUAUUGAAGAUAUCACAGAGUUUAUGGAGGAAUACGGGCCUGUUGAUGGGGUACAACUGCGCAGACAAAACAAGUUUCAGGGUGCUGCUUUCAAAGGCUCAAUUUUCACGACUUUUGCCAAACUGGAAGAUGCUGUGAAGUUUGUUGAUGCCCCGAUGGUUUAUUAUAAGGAUAAGCUGCUGGAAAAGAUGACCCAGGAGGCCUUUUUUAAGGAAAAGGAAGAAGAAAAGGAAAUGAAGAACGGAAGAUCACAUAAGAAAGAUAAUAAAAAGAAUGAGGAAGAAAAGGAAGAACAGCAGGAUGAGGAAGCAAACUUCAGCUGGAUCCAUGUCACGUUUCUCACUGAUGACACCAUCACUCAUAAUGAUAUGAAAGAAAAAUUGCAAGCACUUGAAGCUCCCACUUUCAAGUUUUUUAGCCGAUAUGAGAAAAAUGGACCUGAAGGCUACAUGGUGUUCACAGAAUCUGACCAUGCAUCUGAAUUAAUGAGAAUAUUGAAUGAGACAAAGGAAGGGCCUAUAAUGUCUAUAAAAACCUCAGAAAAUGUCACUUUCUCCGAGAUGCCUGAGGAGCAAAUGAGCAUAGCUAAGGACUGCUAUGAGGAAUUUCGUAACAGGUUAAGAUCUGGAAACAGAAAGAAAAAAGGUGGCGGACGAUUCCAGGACAGAAAGAAGAGACCGUUUCGGCAAAGUCGCAAAUUCAAUGAUAAUGGAGACGAACCAUCAGCCAAACAGAGCAAGGGUAAUGAUGAAUAAAGAUACAUUGUGGGAACUUUUGCAACUGAGCACAACUUUUCAACCCUCAUGCUUGUGAAUGGUUUAGAAUGGAAUUUGAAGACGAAAAUUCUCAAUUGAUUUUUGUGGUAGAAACUAAAUGUUCCAAAUAUCCUUGGUUUUGACAAUGUCUCCUAUUUUGUUCUAGGUGUCGCAUUGUACAGCAUCAGUUUAAAAACACCUGAACUUCUUUAAUCGUUUCUUAAGUUUUCGAAUUACUGUACGAUCGACUGGUUAGUAAGUAGUAAUGAUACAUCUGGUAAAAGUGGUGCAUAUUAUAAAUAAUAGUGAUGCAUCCUACCAGCACUGCCAACUAUGUAACUCAUUUUGCUUAAGUACUGGUACUUAAUACCUUACACACAAUGCAGUGAGUCAUUUAAUCAAUCACUGCCACACCAGCAACAACGUAAUUAUCCUUAAGUGGUCAACAGAUGCUUCAAUCUUGUGCGCUGUACUUUCUUAUGGGGAUUAAGGGGAAAAGUUCAUUUUUUGAAUACCAUGUGCCAUUUUGCUUAG